AUGUACGGCGCACUUACACUCGCACUCGCUGCUCUCGGCGCUGCCGCCCCAGCUUCCUUGGCAUUGGAGGCAAGACAAGCGGGUACCUCGGAGCCCCUUCGUUUCCAGGGCCUUGCGCUUGCUCAGGGUACCCCGAUCGACUCGCAGACCCUCAACGCCAAUGACGGAAAGUUUUCCAUUGGAAGGGCGACGACAACUAGCGGUCCGGAGGCAGGCUCGGGCGUCGAUCCCAGCAAAUUCAAUACCGACCAGACCAUCUUCGCGUACCUCAAUGGCCUCAGCAAGCUGUCGCUUUCUUCGACCGCUUUCCCGGGUGGUCAGCAGGUCUACGUGACUGCGGGCGACGAAUCCAUUGGACAAUUGGCUGGUCAACUGAAGUUCGUGCAAACCAAAGAUGGAGCCACUUCAGGCCCACCUCUCUUCGAUGGAUUCGCAAUCGUCUACGACGGCAAGCUGCAAUUCGAAGGCAAAGACUGGUUCGCUUGUGAGACGGACAAGUUCAACUCGGGCUAUGGAAUUUGGGCCCAGUCUCGCGUGGAGGGAAGCAAUGCUGGUGCAGGCUGCGUUUCCUUUACCUGGAAGGUGCAGCAGGUCGGCGACGAGACUCCGGAUGCUUACCUUCACCCAGAAUGA